AUGGCAGGUGAGAUGACCGCGGGCAUGCUUAACCAGGAGACGUGGCCAAGAGACUUCAUACCCGAGCAGAGAGCUGGCAAUGUCAAGGAUAUGGCGGGCGCAAUACUGUUCCUCACGAGUAGAGCCGGAGGUUACGUGAAUGGCAAUGUCCUGCUUACCGACGGUGGUCGUUUGAGCAUCCUGCCUGCGACUUACUGA